AUGGAAGAACCAGCAAGAAAGUGUCCCUCUGAAGAAGUUGCUGAUAUCCUGCAGGAUUUGGCCGUUUUAUCGGAGAAGUCUGAAAAGAAGAAGUCUGCCCUGAAGAAACUUCUUUCAGAAAUUGCCGCAAAUAAAACCGAAAUUCCUGCUAGGCACCUCCUAAAGGCGUCCUCGGAGGUUUCAACCUCGAACUUUCUUGCGCUUUUCCUGGGGGUGAGCCAGCUGAAGCUCCCAGAGCCGUCAAAGUACAAGUACAAGUCGGACUACGAGUCUUUCAAGCUCUACUCCACGAUAAUAAUAACUGUAUUUACGCUGAUAAACCUCUUUAUGACGAGCAAGAUCUUGGACACGCUGCAAAUACUGGCGCAAAUGUACAUUUACUCCACGCUCACGAUACGAGAGCACAUUCUCAUAAAUAACGGAAGCAACAUAAAGAUGUGGUGGAUUCUACACCAUUAUAUCUGCAUAGUGAUAACAGCCAUUAUGCUUACGUGCCCUGAUUCAUCAUUUGUCUACAUCCGUGUGCCUGUUCUGAAGUUUCUGUUUGUGCUUUCCUGCUCGCAGGUCGUGCAGUACCAGUACCAGAUGCGGCGGUUGUACAUUUUGCGGUCGAUUGAAAGAGCACAUCCGCUGGAGAUCACGAGCGAAGUCAUGAACUUGUCCAUGACCGCCAACUUCGGGGUUGCUGUUUCUGUUUUGAUGGUUUUCCAGGGAGUUCAGGUAUACGUGGCCUACUACAUUUUUAGCCUGCAGGUGUCACACCGCUGGGAGAAUUACCAGCCCGCGAUUGGGGCGUGCCUGAUUUUUAUGAUGGCAGUUGGGAACACGUCUACGAUCCUAUACACGUGCUGCAGGAAAAAGUUCAGCAUGGGAUCGAGGAAACUUUCAGGUAAGAAUUCCUGA